GUGUCGGUGAGUUUUUUUGUGUGUGCGUGAGAUGUUUGUUUGUAGUUGUGCGGAAAAAAUUAAAAAUAUUUAUUUUUCCGGGAAAAACUCAUUUUUGCGACUUGGGCCUACGCGGGAAAUGCUUAGGGGGGCCCCGGGGAGCUUCAAUAAAAAUUUUGGCGCGAAAUUCGCCGGAUUAAAAAAACCAUUUUGUACAUUUUGUACGAUUUUUUCUGGCGCGGAUUUUGAGUGUUUUGAACGGGGGACGCCAAUCGGCGCGGCGUCGUUUCCUGGUCACAAAAAAAGUAAUUUCGCUGGGAAAUUCGGCGAAAAACGUGAGAAAACUGCGAAAAACUUAUUGUGAGAGGGAGACAGUAUCAGUGACGUGUACUGUUUUAUUUUCUCUUCAACAAAAUGUACCAAAAAAUAGCAAGUGGUGACUUUUGGAACUACAUUUACGGCGCCAAUUUCAAAAAGUAGUCAAAAAAGCAUGAAUUUUAUAUGGGGGCGCUAUGAAGGGGGGCUCUGGGGUGAAAAUGAAUGUCGUUGGUGAAAACUGCUUGAUGCCAGUAGUCUCUGUACCAAAUUUCAUCGCGAUCGGAUCAAUGGUGUGGAAAUGCAUGACACAAAAUCCUUUAUUUAUUAUAGAUUUUGCGCAUAAAGCCCAAGUUGUUGCGUGCUGUGAAACCUGCAUAGUGUGGUGGUAUUAUAUAGAUUUGUGAUUUUCUGCCUAAUUCCCAAUCAUUGUCAAUUGCGGAGCACGGUGAUAAUUCACCUGGUGCUGUGAUAAGGCCAAAGAGACAACCAAAAAUUGACGUUUUUUUACGUUUCGCAACGAUGACGCUUCGAUAAGGCGCGCGGGUUGAAUUUUUCCGGCCUUCAGCACGACUUUUUGGGGCGAUUCCUUUUCCUAGCGCUUCUGUGGGUGUGUAUUUUAGGCUGCAGGACAACACACAUAAAGGCAGUGUGAUUCAGGAUGGAUUUUGAGUAUCUGUCGCAGGAGCAUCUGGAUGGGUUUGAUGGGUACAAGUAUAGCUCCAUUGAUACAUCACCGCUCAGCAUUUACGUGAUGCACCCCUUUUGGAAUUACAUUGUGCGCUUUUUCCCACGGUGGGUGGCACCGAAUGUCAUGACAUUCCUCGGUUUCCUCUUUACGGCUUUGAAUUUCGUCAUGCUCUCCUGGUACGAUUGGGGCUUCUGGGCAAGCACUGGGCAACCUGACACACAACCCAUUCCCAAUUGGUUCUGGGCCAUGGCAGCACUCAAUCUCUUCCUGGCCUACACACUUGAUGGGAUUGAUGGGAAGCAGGCACGACGGAUUGGGCUGUCGGGGCCACUGGGGGAGCUUUUUGAUCAUGGUUUGGAUUCCUACACGGCUGCCCUCAUUCCCGCGUGCUUGUACAGCAUCUUUGGACGUGUAGCACCGUCAAUUCCACCCCUGCGGAUGUUCUACAUCACCUGGAUGGUUUUCUUCAAUUUCUACUUGUCCCACUGGGAGAAGUACAACACUGGGGUGCUCUACCUACCCUGGGGCUAUGAUCUCAGUAUGUGGGGCUCAACAUUUAUGUUUCUCAUCACCUACAUUGGAACGUACACCAUGUGGAAGGCACCCUUCCCCUUUGGACUCACUUCCGGUGCUGUCAUGGAGGCUGUUCUGCACGUGUGUGCCCUUUCCAGCCUCCCCAUGUCCCUCUACAACAUCUACCACUCCUAUCGCUCCAAGACGGGAAAAAUGCGACCACCGCUGGAAGCUCUACGUCCUCUCUUACCCUUUGCCACCUUCUUUGUGAUCUUCAUGGUGUGGGUGCACAAAUCCCCGACGAAUAUCAUGGAACGUGAACCACGAGGGCUGUUCCUUCUGAGUGGUACAAUCUUCAGCAAUAUCAGCUGCCGUCUCAUUGUCGCCCAGAUGUCCAGCACACGCUGUGAAGCAGUCCACUGGAUGACACCAAUCUUCGUGGCGGGAAUCCUUCUGGGAAUGUCCUUCCCAUCAUUGGAACUCCUCAUUCUCUAUGCCCUCUGUGUGGGCACAACCCUCAGUCACUGGCACUACGGCUCGAGGGUUGUUCAGCAGCUCUGUCACAAAUUCAAUCGGGUCUGCUUUGGCGUUGGACCCGCAAAAGCCCAAUGAAGCUCUUUCGAAUGUGUUGUGUAUUGUGUGUGUUACUCUCCAGCAUUCUCCGUGGCCAUAUAUUUAUUUAUAACACGCGCUUCUCCUUCCUUCUUGCCCCAUCUUGCCGUAAGACCCCACGCCCCUCCUCCCAGUUAAAGUAUUUUUCCGAUAUUUUAGAAUUCAUCACAUAAAAUAAUAAAAAAAUGUGUAUUUUAUCUUUAAAAAA